GUUCCACGCUACUCCUUCGCAUCCUCGCCGCGGCCAUGGUGGUCUUCAAGAAGAUCAAGGCGUUCCGGGUGGACUUCGACGAGGCCGGCCGCGUGUACUCCAGCGGCGAGAGGGUGGCCGGCCGCGUGGAGGUGGAGGUGGCCGAGGUCACGCGCGUCUCCGCCGUCCGCUUCCUGGCCUGCGGGGUGGCCAAGGUCCUGUGGGCCAAGGGGCCCCAGCAGUGCAAGCAGCAGAUGGAGUACCUGCGCCGCGAGAAGGUGCUGGCGCUGGAGGACCACCCGGCCGAUAAAGAUGGGUCUGUCUUGCUGAGACCAGGAAACAUCUAUACGUACAAGUUUGAAUUUGAUCUGCCCCAAGGUCCCCUCGGCACUACCUUUAAGGGCAAGUACGGCUGCGUUGAUUAUUGGGUGAAGGCGUUCCUGGAUCGUCCGUCAUCCCCACCUCAAGAGAUCAAGAAGCACUUUGAGGUCAUGGACCAAAUUGAUGUCAGCACGCCAGAUCUGAUGUCGCCUGUCUCUGCCAAAAAGGAAAAGAAAGUUUCCUGUAUGUUCAUCCCUGACGGGCACGUCUCUGUCAGUGCCAGGAUUGACCGCAAAGGAUUCUGCGAAGGCGACGAUAUCUGCAUCAAUGCCGACUUCGAGAACACCUGCUCUCGGAUUGUGGUGCCUAAGGCGGCCAUCAUUUCCAAGCACACCUACUUGGCCAAUGGGCAGACGAAGGUGUUUUCGCAGAAACUCUCCUGCGUCCGCGGCAAUCACAUCAUCUCCGGCACGUCUGAGUCGUGGCGUGGCAAGACGCUUCGGGUAAAGAAGAUCAAGCCGUCCAUUCUGGGUUGCAAUAUCCUGCGAGUGGAAUACUUCCUGCAGAUCUAUGUCAGCGUCCCUGGGUCCAAGAAGAUCCUCCUGGAGUUGCCCCUCGUCAUUGGCAACAAGUCCUCCGGCUUCAGCAGCCGCAGUUCCAGCAUGGCAAGCCAGACCAGCUCAGAGAUGAGUUGGGUGGACCUCAACAUCCCUGAUGCCCCAGAAGCGCCUCCAUGCUACUUGGACAUCAUUCCUGAAGACCAUCGGAUUGAAAGCCCCACCACUCCUCUCCUGGAUCAGCUGGACAAUUCCUUCGACAGCCCCAUCUUCAUGUACGCUCCAGAGUUCAAGUUCAUGCCCCCACCAACCUACACGGAGGUCGAUCCUUGUAGUGUCAACAACAACGUCCAGUGAGCACCAAAGAAGAAUCCGGCGUGACUGCCAUUUUUCCAGCUUUAUCUGGACUUUAAAAAAUUGCCCAUGUAGCAAUUCU